UUUACAUUUCAGAAUGUCUUCCUUUGGCGUAGAUUUGUAGCGUUUUCAGUUAAGAAAAAAAACCUAAAAAAAUAGUGAAAAGUUAGAAAAGUUAUUGCAAUUUUCGGUUGUUUUGAGUUAUAUUUUUCUAGAUUUAAGAUGCUCACCUACCACACGGCUCUACAGAUUCUAUGGAUAUCAUUUAGUUUUAAUCAAUAUACCAUGGCAGGACAAUCCUUAACCACUGCUAUACACCGUACCCAAGCUGCCCAGGAACGUAUAAAUGACUUGAAGUGCUACAAGUGCGACACCAUGGACGAUGGCGAACUCUGUGUGGAUGUUGUCAAUUCGAAUGCCACCAACUUCGUGCACAAAUGUGAGGGCGAUGAGUUCAUUUGCAUGGUCAAACGUUUCUCCUAUACCACCUCCAAUGAAAAUUCCACCAGCUCCCCCAAGAUGUGGUCCCUGGAUCGCCGUUGUGCGGUCAACUGUGAACCCGGUUGUAUAGUCAUAGGUGAGCGUACCAAGUUGUACGCCUGUACAUCGUGUUGCGAAUCACCCAUGUGUAAUACCGGCAAAGGUUCCGCUGCGUCCGUUCUCGCCUUUGGUCGCAUUGAGACGGGCAUUGGAACGUCGUUGAGUCUUCUGACAUUGGUCAAAUGUUUCCUCCAUUACAUAUCGUAAAGGGUUUACAUAGCCAAUUGUUGUUGUACUCCAAGAGAAUAGAGAAAAACCCAAAAUUCCAAAAAAAAGAAGAGGACCAGUGCCAAGUUCAUGUCUAUUUUUUUCGACACGAUUUUAUUUUUCGAAAGAGAAAACAAAAACAAUACAAAACCGAAAGCAAA